UCUCCUCCGAUCCCCAACUAACACCAAACCCUAGCUAGCUAAACAACUUCUUCUUUCCUCCGACCUGGUCUGGCCUACGUUUGGCGUUUUCCGUUGCUGUGGUUUAGGUGACGGUACAGUAUUUUUUUGCUCUGCUUUUUGUGUGUGUUUCUGCAGUUGAUCGAGUGUUUUAGGUGAAGUUUUGUGCUGUAAGGAUACUAGUGAGUGGUUACAUGAUCAUCGGUCAUGGCAUCCGCAUGCGUGAACAACAUUGGAAGGACGCCGGAGAGUUUUCUGGACUGUACUCCGGCGAAGUUUUCGUCGUACGGGUGGCUGAGUCCGAGAAUCUCUAUUAGCCGUGAGUUUCCGGAAAAGGAGGGAGUGAAAGGCUCCGUCACUAUGCCUUCGCCGAAGAAUCUAUUGUUGCCUGACGAUGUGGAGAAAAGUAAGCCGGAAGGAGCAGAUCCGGAAAGCUCUGCUAAGGAUUUUGUGGAUUUUGAGUUCCGUCUCGAAGAUCCGGUUACAAUGCUCCCCGCCGAUGAGCUCUUCUCCGAUGGUAAACUUGUACCGUUGCAGUUUACGAACAUGCGGAACACGAUGACGCCAGCUUCCGCGUCUUCUGACGUUAGAUCUCAGGUGACGCCUAAAUUUCGCCAUAGAUGUGAAAUAUCGUCAACAGAUCCGUACUUGUUCUCGCCAAAGGCACCGAGAUGCUCGACUCGGUGGAAGGAGCUUCUAGGCUUGAAGAAGAUGUACCAGACCAACAAUUCAAAGCAGGAGGAUCUGAAAAUGGCGGUGGCAUCAUUAUCCUCUCAUCGGCAUAACAGAAAUGCAGCCAGAAGCCUGAAACAUCUUCUGAACCGUAGCUCGAAAUCCCCGUUAAUUACAUCCACCGAUUCAUCUUUAAGCCUUCCACUGUUACCUUUAAAGGACUCUGAGAAUGAAUCGGUAUCAAUAUCCUCUAGACUUUCACUUUCGUCCUCUUCGUCCGGCCAUGAGCACGACGAUCUUCCUCGACUUUCACUCGAUUCAGAAAAACCAAAAUCCGUUGCUCGGAACACUCACCAAAACACUAAUUCUAUUUCCAGAGUUCGCUUAUCCAAGCAUAAGUCGACGAAAUCGUCGGAAAACGCUACAGCCAACACUCGAGCUGGCCGGAGUCCGAUUCGAAAAGCUCCUGAAUCAACACUUCCUGUUCGAGGCGUUUCAGUGGAUAGUCCUCGAAUGAAUUCCUCCGGAAAAAUAGUGUUCUACGGCUUGGAAAGAAGCUCCAGCAGUCCGAGCUCUUUCAAUGGCGGACCAAAGCAUAGACAUCGUGGAAUGGAAAGAUCGUAUUCAGCUAACGUCCGAGUCACUCCAGUUCUCAACGUUCCAGUUUGUUCACUUCGAGGCUCGUCCAAAUCUGGUGUUUUCGGUCUUCCUUUAUUCUCUUCCCCGCAGAAGAAAGAAUCCGGCGGUUGCGGUGGAGUCGGAACCAAAAACCAGUCCAAUCAUGGCAGAAACCGCACCUGAAAGUACUUUAUUGACGACAUCUCCAGCUGGUCAGGUCAGGUCAGGUCAGCUUCUAACGGUUGACAGGUGGCUGUUCAAAGGCAUUUGGAUCAAUCAAUGAAUGUGAGAUUGAUGGCUUGGGAACAGGGAGCAAUGUCUCUAUAUCAACACUAUAGAUUCACCUGUCCCUAUCAUUCAUUACUCAAUAAAAAUAUAUAUAUAUUUUAAAAAUCUAUACACACAACACAACGUAGUUCAAGGUAAAUGGCAGUAGUAAUUUUAAAUUGAAAUUUAUAAA